AUGCUGAUUGUGUCAGUUGAUUUUUUUGAUUCUGUUCUCAUUAUAGGCAGCUUCGUACCAGACCCUAUCGGAAUUAACUGCUACUGUGCCUACGCUUCAGACAUAUCUAUGGCCAGCUCACCCAGCAUGAAAACUAGCUCCUGUGCAUUACGGUGUCCAAAGGAUGAGGUAUCCAAAUUCCAUGGAGGAGCGCCGAGCAAUGUGAAUGAACUAUUGGGAAAGGAUGCCCCGCAAGCUCAGGCAGAUGUACAGAGUAUUGGAUUUGCUUCACCACUGCGUCAACGGCUCGGAAAAGAACCUCUUAUUGUGAUUGAAAGCAUCGCAACUGAGGUUCCAGAGGGUAAAAGGACACAGUCAGAUGUAGCACAUGUGGUCGCUGCGCUAUUUGAUUCUAAUCCAGAGCAGCGGGAUCGCAUUCCCCGACUAUAUGCCAAGACAUGUAUCGAUACCCGCCAUAUGGCGGUGGAUCCUUUGCACUCCGAUUUUGACAGAGCCAUGUCUAUCCGCAAACGUAUGGAUCUUUUCGUUAGGCAUGCAGCGCCACUAGCUAUCAAAGUUUCUUCGCGCGCCCUAACCGCCAGUCGAGUUGUAAACCCUGUUACAGAUAUUGGAAUGUUGGUCCUGGUGACCAGCACUGGGUUUGUGGCACCCGGUGUGGACGUUGCCAUUGUUAAGGGCCUGGGUCUUUCUCCUUCAGUAUCACGUGCCGUGGUCAAUUUCAUGGGAUGUGCGGCAGCCAUGAAUGGACUACGACUAGCAGCUGACUUUGUACGAGCUCACCCAGACUCCAAGGCAUUAGUGUGCUGUGUGGAGUUAUCAAGCGUGAAUGCCGUAUACAAUGAUGACAUCAAUGAUGUUAUAAUUUCAAGCCUCUUCGCGGAUGGCAGUGCUGCAAUGGUUGUGGGCUCUCCCUCUCCCACCUGUGAAGGGCAUAGGGAACAGCAAAUUCAUCUAAUGCCAGGAGAAAUAAUUAUUCGCCAGAACUUCCACAAUUUAGUGGAUGAGACCAGUGACGGGAUUACCCUCGGCAUCAAUCACAACGGCAUCACCUGCGAGCUAUCACCUAAUUUACCUUCAUAUAUAUAUACUGGUUUAGCUCCUGUGAUUAAUAGGGUGUUGGCCCAUCAGAAAUUGUCACAAGCAGAUGUACACCUGUGGGCUAUUCACCCAGGUGGUCCGAAAAUCAUUGAGGAAUCGGUUCGGUCGCUGGGGCUAGACAGUCAGUAUGCGGCAAAGAGCUGGGAAGUGUUAAGAAAGUUUGGUAACAUGCUGAGUGCAUCUUUGCCAUUUGUACUGGAGCAAAUGAUUGCCGAGGCCAAAAUUGAAAGACCGCUGUCAAGAGGUCUUGCAUUUUCUUUUGCUCCAGGAAUCACAGUUGAAGGGAUGGUGUUUGAAGUAGUCGGCAUUGGAAUUGACCAGUCAGUGAUUGGAUAG